CGACAUGGCCAUCCAAUUCACAUCCCGCUUGGCCUCUAGGCUCCUCCGCUCCGCCACCACCUCUAGUACCGCCGCCGCCGCCACUUCUAGUGCCGUCGCAGCCACCAGGUUUCCGAGAUCUCUUCUUUUAGUCUCUCUUCUCCAAUCCCAUUCCCAUCUAUCUCAUGCACUCUCCCAUGGCACCCUAUUUUUCCGAUCCUUAUCCACCCUGAGCCGUCCGAGCCGUCCCCAUCGCUUAGCCCGGCAAUAUAUCGGCGCUCGGGCCAGGCAGAUGCAGACGCGUCGUCUCUGGACUUACGCCCUAUCCUUCAGCUGCGUUGCUGGAUUUAUCAUCAUCGUUCUCAACCAGUUCCAAGACCAGCUCGUUUUCUACGUGACCCCAACGGAUGCGUUAGCAAAGUACACCGCGAACCCCACCAGGUCAAAGUUCAGGCUCGGCGGGCUGGUAUUGGAGGGCAGUGUGGGGCAGAUUCCUUCAUCUCUAGAGAUGGAGUUCGUGGUGACCGACUUAAUAACUGACAUUUUGGUGAGAUACGAGGGAUCGCUGCCGGAUCUUUUCCGGGAGGGUCAUUCUGUUGUUGUCGAGGGGUUUAUAAAGCCGUACACAGAAGAGAUGAAGAAGAAGGAUGAGGGGAUGCUGAGAGAGAACAAGUCCAUGAUCACAGAGAAGGCCAGAAGUGGAAACUGCUAUUUUGAGGCUUCAGAAGUGCUGGCUAAGCACGAUGAGAAGUAUAUGCCGCAAGAAACAAUUGGUGAAAUUUUCAAGGCACAGGCUGCUGUAAGGGAGUGUCGAAGUGAAUUUGCAGGAAAAGGCUGGAGGAUGAAAGUGCUUCACUCUUUAUGUGGCAGGCUUUUUACUUAUUCAUUUCAAGUGAUCAAGGAAGAAUAUACACCUGUUCUAAAAUAAACUUUACACUUUCUUUUUUUUGCCGUUCUCACAAUAAACUUUACAUUUCUCCAUUUUCUUUUAAAUAAUUGAACAUGUGGCUC